AUGACAGAGCUCCACGAAGCUGUGGCUGUGGGGGACUAUGACCUGGUGGAUGAAAUUUUGAGGACGGGGCGCUGUGACCCAAAUCACAAGGAUGCCGACUGGCACGACAGAACCCCGCUGCACUGGGCUGCUGCAAAAGGGCAGUCAGAGCUGGUCAAGCUCCUCGUGGACCACGGCGCCCGGCAUUCCCUGCGGACUGACGUGGGCUGGACUCCAGCUCACUUUGCUGCCGAGGCGGGCAGGCUGGGGGUGCUUCGCACCCUUCAUUCCCUGCAUGCUGCCAUGGAUGCGGCCGACCUCUUUGGUGACACUCCCAGGAGGCUUGCGGAGAUCUAUGGUCACCAAGAUUGCUCCAGGUUCUUAGAAAGAGCAGAGGUGGAGAGCAGAAACUAUCGCAGGACAGCUGCAAUGAAAGGAAUCCCAUUAGACCAGGUUGAUGAAGACUGGGAACUCAAGAAAGAAGAACUUAAGACAAACCCACCAUGUUCUCGGAAGAACUAUACAUCUGUUGCGCAAAAGAAAAGUCCAAAAAAGAGAGGGAAGCAGUAG